AUGCCGAGUCUGACGAGGCAGGCAGUCUGCUGGAUGGCCCAGGGGGAAGAAGGGGGUCCGCCUUUCGCCUGUCUCGAGGUCGCGCUGCGAGGUCACGGCGUUCUCUUUUCUCCUUCUGAGUCUGUGGAGAGGGAGGGCACGGAAACGAGGGAUUUCUGCGGUCGAUUGGAGGAAGUCUGCCGGAGGACAACACCGCUAAGGCCAUACACACUACGUUUUUAUGCUCCCUACUUCCACAAGCUUCCUCCGUGCCCCCGUGGCGCCUCCUACCCUCCACCCACGCCCCCUCUUCGCAUUAGCGAUGCUUAUUUGACCUUCCACUCCCCUCCAUUCCAUCCAUUACCAUCACCUCGAUUUGCCCCAAUGAAGGAGAGCCUCAAGGUGGAGGGGAGAGGCAAGGUCGACAGGUCCAGCCGGAAGGGGCAGAAGAGGCAGAGUCGGCUGAAAUAUCCCAAGCUUCGUGACUUUCGACUCCGAAACGGUGGAGACUUCGCCCGUGCAGAAUCUCGCCAGUGCCGUUCUUUGAACGAAGGAAUCUGUAUGGCUGAUGGAAUGGUUGACUCUGCAACGGCGUGUGCUCAGAUGAGGUCGGUGAUCCCGGUGCUCUUGAGUCUGCUGAUCGGUACCUUGGGAGCGGACGAGUAUCAGUCCCCAAAUGAGUACCCGAGCCAGUACUUGAACAAGUGGGUGGUGGAGGUCCCUGGGGGGGCCUUGCACGCCCGGAGCGUGGCGCGGCGGCACGGCUACGUCUACGUCGGUCACGUGCCUGGAUUCGAGAACCUGUUCGUGUUCGAGAGGCGGAACCAGGCGCGCCUCUCCAAGCGGGGAUCGGCGAGUCUCACGCACAAGCUCAGCAGUGAUCGUCGGGCGAGUCUCACUCGAAUCACGUGGGUGGAGCAGCAAACCUCCAGAAGAAGAGAAAAGAAGUUCUUCAUUGGGGGGAGCGAGCUCGGAAUCGUCGAACGGGUGCUCCGCGGGAACGUCCGCGACGCUCGCGGGAGGGAUCGCCGAUUCAACGACGAGCUCUGGGACCGUCAAUGGAAGCUGAAUACCAUCAUCGCAGAACAAGCAGAUCUGAAGGUGGACUCUUUGAGUAUUGAAGCAAUGUUGGAUGUUGACAACACGAAGAGGGUCGAUGGCAUUGGGGGAUCCUUGUCUAGCAUGGAAGAGCGACUUUUAGCCCUGGAGAUAUAA